GGCGUAAACGUGCGCAGGAGGAUGGGACCCGUUCCGUCCGUGCACGCGCUGUGAAGCCUCCCCGAAUCGACGGCUCCUCGUGUCUGCGGUGCGGCGGCCGCUGACAGGUGCGCGCAGCGCGCGCGGGGGGACGAUGGGCAGACGCGAGGCGGCGGACAGCAGAGGCGCGAUGAACACCGGGGACCGGUCCGAGCCCGGCUGGGGCCACGGAGAGCAGUCCUCCCCGAGGAUGAUGAUGGAGGAGCCCCGCCACGCGACGGAGGUGAAGAAGCACCAGCACAAGCACAACCUGAAGCACCGCUACGAGGUGAUGGAGACUCUGGGGAAAGGCACGUACGGCAAAGUGAAGAGGGCCGUGGAGAGAGCGACUCUGAAGACGGUGGCAAUCAAAUCGAUCCGUAAGGAGCGCAUCACCGACGACCUGGACAGAAUUCACAUCCAGAGAGAGAUCGAGAUCACUUCCUCGCUCAGACACGCCAACAUCAUACGCUUCCAUGAAGUGUUCGAGAGUCGGGAUAAGAUCGUGAUAGUGAUGGAGUACGCCAGCAGAGGAGAGCUCUAUGAUUACAUUCAGGAGAGGAGGCGGCUGCCAGAAAUAGAAGCCAGAGGCAUCUUCAGACAAAUCACAUCUGCUGUCCACUACUGCCACAAGAACGGCGUUGCACAUCGGGACCUCAAGCUGGAGAACAUCCUUUUAGACCAGGAUUUGAAUGUGAAGCUGGCAGAUUUCGGUCUUUCAAAUCAUUUCCAGAAGGGCUCUGUGCUGCAGACCUACUGUGGAAGUCCGCUUUAUGCUGCCCCGGAGAUCGUGAAAGGACUGCCCUACCAGGGGCCUGAGGUGGACUGCUGGGCUCUGGGGGUUCUGCUCUACGCCCUGGUCUACAGCAGCAUGCCGUUUGACGGGGCCAGUCACAAGAAGCUGACGGAGCAGAUCAGCCAAGGUCGAUAUCGCAGACCCAAUCCUCCCUCAGACGCCUGCGCUCUCAUCGACUGGCUCUUGACAGUGCGUGCGGAUGAGCGGGCCACGAUAGAGGACGUGGCCAACCACUGGUGGGUGAAUUGGGGUUAUGACGAGGGUGUGUGCGACUGCCCUUCGUCCCCGCGCCAAGAGUGCCCCUCCCCGCUGCUGGCGCGCUACAUCGACUGGCAGAACCGCGUCGCUGCGGCGGGCGGCCCGCCGGCUGACCCAGGCUGCCCAUCCUCCGACACCUCCUGCUCACCUCAGCUCAGUCCAAACUCCUUUUACUUCACUUUACCUCUGAAGACCGACGGCGGAGGAGGGAGACCGCGUGGAGGCAUUUUAAGCCUCAGGAAGUCGCGCAAGGAGAAUGCAAUUCCUCAGACGGCACUGGGUGCCUGCGGCGGCGGCGGUGUCUGUGCAACACUCGCUUCUUCCGCUGCAAUUUCCCCCACUUCCACCACCGAGAGAAAGAAACCCAAAGGAAUCCUGAAACAUCAGAGGAGUUUAGAUUCAGUGUUUCACAGCCCUCCGAAGGAGAACUGUCCCUCCCAGAUGUGUAACGCUGGUUCCCAGUCUUAUCGAACACAUGCGCUCGCUCACAACCGUGCGGACGAGCUGUCCAGCAGCCAUCCGCCUCCCUCUGCGUUUAACCAGCCUUCAUCCAAAAUGCCCAAAAAGGGCAUACUGAAAAACCUAUACGGGGAGUCCGGCUAUGGCUCGUCCUCGGAAAGGAAAGGUUGUGGAGCCAAAGAAAGUGCUGAAGGUGAAAUGUUCUCACGUAACGAGAGCACGCAUACUCCAUCAGCGGAGGACAGUCCCACCAUGCGCACGGAGGCUGUGAGACGACGGAAGGGGAUCCUGAAACGCAACGGCAAGUUCUCCCGCAGUCUGGACCUUCCCGACGGCGUCUACUCAUCUCCCUCCUCAGCGCCUGGGAUGUUCCCCGAGGCUCUGCAGCAGCUCCUCAGGACCGCGGGGAACGGCGAGGGCCGUCGCAGCCGCCCCUCCAGUGUGGUGAGCGAGGACAGCCUCCUCUCGUCUGAUUCCUUUGACCUGCUGGAUCUCAGCGCCCAGGCACGUCGACGCGUUUUCUCCCGCGGGAUGCAGCACAGCGCCUGCAGCUCUGAGGAGAACCUGGAGGCCGACCGUGUUGUUGGAGACACACAAGGACAGAAAGAGAUGCAAACAUGAAAGAAGCAGCAUUGUUGCUAAGGUUUUGGUCUCUUUUCUAUAUUUAGUGCCUUCCAUUUUGAAAAGACUUAUGAACUAUGGGAAGGUUGCAUCUUGAGUCUGUCCUGCAAGUUUCACUGUCCAUGUAAAGCAUUCUUUGUAAAAGUGAAAUGUAUCAGUCAACAACUGAACAGUAUUAUCUCUGUCAAUAAGUGACAUCUGAUGGUUGUCCAGCAUCUUCCAGUUUGUGCUGAGGAAAAAAAAUUCUGACUUUAACCUCAUCUGUUCAGAUGGUUUGGUGUGUUUUCUGCGUUUGCAUGUUGUCAUCUGUGAGAAGGGAUGAGGCUUGGAAGUAUAAAUCCUUUUUUUUACGAAUGACACGUCAAGAAAGACAUGCUUCCAUAAUCAGACUUUGAGCCUGAAAACCUAAAACUAAAUCUGAAACCAGCCCAUUGAAUAAAUAAUGGAAUGUUUUACACGAUGGACUGAACAAGAAAAGUAAGAAUUCAAUAUUUCCAUGUUAUAUUGUGAUCAACUCAAUUACAUUAACAUAAAAAGAUCACAAAAAACUUUGCAUUUACUUCCCCAUAACUUUACAAGAACCAUGCAAAAAAAAAGAAAGCCAAUUUAUAUUAUGACUGAAGGAAAUCUGACUCUUGUGAGUUUAGAGUAACAACAACCAUAAUGUUUCAAGCCUCAUAUGAAGAAGAGUAAAUCUGUGAACAAUAGUGAAUAUUAAGCACAUACAAGGAUGUUGCAAGUCUUAAAUAUUAACACUUUGUAGUGGUUAACAUACAGUAAAGUCUUUGAUUAGUCAUGAUGACUCUUGGAAUUUGUAUGAAAUGUUGAGACUGAACUUGACACAUUUGUGUACAACUCCAUUACAGUCGGUCUUAAACUGUUCCUGAAACGUUUAUAUUCCACCUUCAUAGAAAUGCUGAGGAAAAAGUGUUUUUUUCACAAAAUGUUGUCAAUUACAUGCUUUUAUACUACACAAUGUAGUAUUGUGCACAAUUUGCUCCUUUGCACCAACACACACAGUGUGAAUAGCAGAUGAAUCACUUUGCUUUCUUACCGUGACGCCACCAGUGCUGCUGUCAAUGUUUGAAGUUAUGUUCACAGUAGAAACUAUUUUCAAUCUGUAACUUCAACACUGGGAGAACUAAUUAUUCUGUAAUAUGAGUUUAACAAUCCCACACUGUUUUGUUUGUCAUUGGAAUAAAAAUAAAUUAUGUGACACUGAAUGUCUGCAGUGGUGAGAAAAGGGUUUGGAUGGCAAGAAGCUGCAUCUGGGAAACGUGCAAACAAAGCACCGCUGCUGUUUUCUGAUCACAGUUUCACACCAGUCAACCUUUCAUUUCAAAUGUUGCCUCUCUUGGCAGAAAGAAGAUAAAGA